AUGGAAGAGAUGGGUAAGGAUAUGAUCCAUCAGUGUGGAGGAUUGCCUUUGGCAUUGAGAGUUCUUGGAGGUUUGUUGGCCGCGAAAGAGACAUUGGAGGAUUGGGAAAGAGUAAGUGAGAAUCUUAUGGCUCAUAUCCUGGGAAGAAACAAGUUCAAAGAUAGCAACAAGAGUUUCAUUCACCAUGUGUUGUGUAUGAGUUGUUUGUUUGAUGAAGAUCUCCUUGCUUGUUUGAAGACUUGUUUUCUGUACUUGGCCCAUUUUCCAGAAGACCAUACCAUCUACGUAGAGAAGCUGUGUUAUUUCUGGGCAGUUGAAGGAUCACUGAGGGAUUACAGUGGAGGAGAAAGCAUUAGAGAUGUUGGAGAUGGAUACAUGGAGGAGUUGGUAAGGAGAAAUGUUGUUAUUUCUCAAAGACAUGUGGAAACCGAGAGAUACGAAACUUGUUAUCUCCAUGACAUGAUGAGAGAGAUUUGUUUGACUAAAGCAAUAGAAGAAAGUUUUCUAGAAAUUCUCGGCAAACGCUCCCCAUAG